AUGGCCAACAGGAUAUCAACAUAUACCAUGACAUCGAGGGACGGCGACAGUCAGAAUGGCGAGCCCAAGCGGAAUCUGUGGACGUCAAUGCUAGAGUCAGUCGCCAGCGGCAAGAGAUUACCGGAGAAGAACCUCUUGGUCUUGGGAGGCACUCCGGAAUCGCAACGGGAGUUUCUGGAAUCGCUGGCCGGCUCCGAACCGAGGCGCAACUUUGACCGGCAAAAGAUCCCGCCGAUUGCGAACAAUUAUGCCCUGGGCUACACGUAUUACGAUGUUCUCGACGCGGAUCAAGACGACACGCUUGCUCGAGUUUCUCUCUACCUCCUUUCCCAGCCCUCGGGCGAAUUCGCUUCCCUCAUCGCCCCAUUGCUUACGCCCGAGACAAUACCGCAUACUGCGCUGGUAAUACUGCUGGACUGGUCGCACCCUCACCUGUGGCUGCGGCAGAUCUGGACCUGGUUGCAGGUGUUUCAAGAGGUUCUGGAGCACUUGAGCAGGGAAGUGCAGACCGAGAUGGAAGAUGUCAUGAACGCAUGGAAGGAAAGGGGAAGAGGAGGCUCGUCGGUCAACCUCGACGGCACGCCCUCUGCGACUGUUGCCAACGGCGAUAGCAAUGGCUCCCUUCCGCUGGGUCCCGGCGAGUGGACUGAGCCUCUUGGGCUACCAUUGUGUGUUGUGUGCCAGAAUAACAAAGGGUGGAAAGAGCCGGACUUUGACGGAGUGCUUCAGAACCUACGGACAGUCCUUCUAAGACACGGCGCCUCUCUCAUAUACACAUCACAAGGCACGACGUCUCAACUUCCGAUCCUCAUUCAUUCGACUCUUGGCAUCACGUCUCUUUUGAAGCGCCAACCCCUGAAACACAAUGUCAUCGAUCGAGACAAGAUUGUUGUUCCCCCGAACUGGGACUCAUGGGGCAAGAUUAGGGUUCUGGGCGGCUCAUUCGACACGGAAAAGGUGUCUCAGUACUGGGCCGAAGACAUCAAGAUUCCUCUGGGCGCCCCUCCUCCAAGCAUAGCGCUGCCCGAUCCCGAAGACGACGAUGAGAAUGGCCCGGGCCAGCCUCCUCAGGUUGAGAGCGCCAUUGCCCUCUAUGAGGACUGGUGCAAGAAUCCAAACAGCGGAGGACUCGCCCUUGUAGAGAGCGCCAUGAACGAGGGGACGGAAGUGGCCGUGGAAAGCGAAGACACGCAGGAGUUCCUGGAGCGACAGCUCAAGAUUCUGGAGGCGUACAAGUCAAAGGUGCCGGAGAAGACGGCGGAUGGCUCGGCUUCUGGGGCGGCACGGAGGGUGGAUCACAGUGACGAGAAGACUGUGAAUGAGCAUAUUGGUCCGGUGCAGUUCAACAUGGGCGGCAUUCAGGUUGACGCUGACGAUAUGCUGCAACGCCUUAAGGACCGCAAUGCACACAUCGCAGCCGAUGUUCCCUCGACGGAGCCAGAGGCCGCAGUCAGCAACAUGGCCAAGGACUUUGACAACGAGCAGCUGCAUGAUUUUUUUUCAGGGCUGAUGAACAGGACGGCGGGCGCGGGCGAUGGACGCUGA